AUGGAACAGGAUAAGUUUGAGGGAGGUGGGGAGAGGAAUGGGAAAGAAGGCAUUGUGGUUGGGAUAGUUGGAAUAGAAGGCAUUUUGGGCAAUGAAGAGGCCGGCAAUGGAGGCAACGUAAAGUUUGGGAUGGCGGGCAUGGAGGUAGGCAAUGGUGGCAAUGUGGGCUUUGGUAGAGAUGGAUUAGUCGGCAGAGUUGGGAGAGGCGUGCUUGGUAGUGGUGGAAGUGUGGCGGUGGGCAAGUUUGGCAUUGCAGGCAGAGGCGGCAGUGUCGCCUUAGGUAGUGGUGGAAUUGUUGGCAAGGUUGGCUGCGCUGGUUGAGAAGAUUGUAAUAGAUGGCGGGCCGCCCAAGUUGAAU